CCCUCUGCCUUUGGUCACACAGAAAGCUCAGGUGAGGCAUUAAUUAAUAUUAUUUUGCUACUGGGAGAAGAAGAGGAGAAGAGGAGACGAAUCUCUCCUCCUUUUCUUCUCAUUCUGUAUAUUUGUUGCUACCGACCGAAGCUAACUCUUGUUGAUCUUUCUUGAUCCGAUGGCUCGUGCUAUCUCUAACGGGAAGAUCCUCUUUGCCGCUCUCUCCGAUGGACUUGUUUUGAGCAGCAGGCAAUUUUCAUCGUCGGCGGCGGGGGCGGCUGCGUCAUCCGGAAGGGGUUUGAUGGAGGAGAAGGCAGUAUUGAUGAGUGGAAUUAAGAAAUCAGUAGCGGCGAGCUCGGAUGCUGCUUGGGUUCCCGAUCCCGUGACGGGCUAUUACAGGCCAGCGAACCGCCUCAGGGAGAUAGAUCCAGCUGAGCUGCGCCAGAUGUUUCUUAAGAGCAAGGAAUAGAUUCGAGAGUUGGAUCACGGCGGUGGAUUUAGGGGGAUCUGUUACUUGCUACAUGUCAUGCCGGUUUUUGUUUUCGUUUCUUUUUUUAUUUCUUAUCUUUUAUAUUAUGUCAUAGCGUGAAACAAAAUGUCUUGGCUCCAUCAAGUGCUCUGAUUGAUUUAGGUAAGUACAGAUCCAGUUAGAAUCUGGAUUCAAACGGACUGGGCAAAAAAUUAGAGUGUAUCGCUUUACUUUUAUUUAAUUUAGACUUUAUGUUAUAUGGAUGUUCUCAAUAUGGAAGUCCAAAUAUGCACAAUAUCCCAUGUGAGAAAAAAGUGUAAUGGAAAUAAUUCUUAGUUUCCCUUAA